AUGGCAUUCUUAAAUGGCAAUGAUGUUUUUGCAUGCCUUCCCACUGGCUUUGGGAAGUCACUAUGCUAUUUUUGUCUCCAACCAAUAUUUGAUGCCAUCAACUGUCAUGCCUCACCUUGGUCUGUUGUGCUAGUUAUCAGUCCACUUCAAGGUUUGAUGCAAGACCAAGUUGAAUUACUGACGAAGAAAAAUUUGGCUUCUAUUUGUGUCACUGGUAAUGAAGACAGCAGUGUUAAAACAAAAAUAGUUUCUGGCGUCUAUCAAUUGACUUUUACAACUCCUGAAGUUUUGUUGACCAAGAAAGACAGGAGACCUGUAUUUCAAUUUCCACUGGUAUGUGAAAGAUUGGUCAGAAUUAUAAUUGACGAAACUCUUUGUGUUAAGAAAUAUCAAUUUAGAAAGGAGUUUUGUAAGCUAGGCGAUCUUCGUGGAUAUUUUUCUUCCAGUAUCAAUUUCAUGGCAUUGACAGCGACUGCAGCACUUAAGACACGUAAAGAAGUCAUGCGGCUAUUGGGGAUGAAGAAUCCUAUUACUAUAAUAAGGUCACUAGAAAAGUCUAAUAUAUACUACAGUGUAUGUAAAAAAGAUGAAGUUGGAGUCCAGCUAAGUUAUGUAAUGGAUGAACUUUGUGAGCAUCGUACAGUAACUGACAAAACGAUUAUUUUUUGCCGGACUUAUAGAGACUGUACGGAAUUGUAUUUGAUGUUCAAAAGAAAGUGGAAGGACAAUAUAAUUGAACCACCUGGCUAUCCUGUUGUCACCCCAUUUUGUCUGGUUGACAUGUUUCAUGCCUGUAACAGUAGCAGCGUGAAAUCUGGUAUCAUCAAAUCGUUUCUCUCUGAUUCACAGUUACGAGUUCUUGUUGCAACAGUGGCAUUUGGAAUGGGAAUAGAUUGCAGUGAUGUUCGGCAUAUCAUUCAUUGGGGACCACCAUCUGACAUCGAAAGUUAUAUUCAGGAAACUGGGAGAGCUGGUAGGGAUGGCAGACAAGCACGUGUAGUAUUAUUUUAUUCAAGGAGAGAUCUUGCCCAGCCGUAUAUUGAAGAAGACAUGGUGAACUAG